CUCAGUGGCUGUGACACGAGUGAAGGGGCUUUUCGAAAUAACAUAUUCAAAUCAGUCUCCGGCGAGGGACGGAAGAAGUGCACAGUUUGAACAAAUGGAGGAAGAUAGCACUGAACAGAUGAAACCCCUCCUAACCACAGGCAAUGAUGAGGAAGCUGUUGUUGAUCAGGGGAAAACCAGCUCUACCAUCCACACAAACUUUGAAAAAGAGGAACUUGAAAGUCACAGGGCAGUUUACGUGGGCGUACAUGUUCCUUUAGGAAGACAAAGCAGGCGUAGACAUCGCCACCGUGGUCACAAGCACCAUCGGAAAAGGAAGGACAGAGGGUCCGAGCGAGAGGAUGGGAGAGAAUCUCCAGUGUACGACACUCCCUCACAGAGGGUCCAGUUUAUCCUCGGCACUGAGGAUGAUGAUGAGGAGCAUAUUCCACAUGACCUCUUCACUGAGCUCGAUGAGCUGUCCUUCCACGACGGACAGGCUUAUGAGUGGAAGGAGACGGCCAGGUGGUUGAAGUUUGAGGAGGAUGUAGAGGAUGGAGGAGAGCGCUGGAGUAAGCCCUACGUCGCCACACUUUCCCUGCACAGCCUGUUUGAGUUACGGAGCUGCAUUCUCAAUGGCACAGUCAUGCUGGACAUGAGAGCAAACACCAUUGAGGAGAUAGCAGACAUGGUAAUAGACAACAUGGUUGCUUCUGAGCAGCUGGAUGAGAGUUUGAGGGAGAAGGUGCGGAAUGCCAUGCUGAAGAGACAUCACCACCAGAAUGAGAAGAAACUCAGCAAUCGCAUCCCGCUCGUACGCUCCUUCGCCGACAUAGGCAAGAAACAUUCAGACCUGCACUUGCUUGAGAGGAAUGGCCUUCUUGCGUCCCCCCAGUCGGCCCCAGGGAACCUGGAGAACAGUAAACCCAGUGAAAGCCGUAUGAACGUAUUUCCUGGCAGCAGGGAAAACAGCACUGUGGACUUUAGCAGGGUGGACAUGAAUUUCAUGAAGAAAAUUCCUCCGGGCGCUGAGGCUUCAAAUGUUUUGGUGGGGGAGGUUGAUUUCCUUGAGCGUCCAAUCAUUGCUUUUAUCCGUCUCUCACCUGCUAUUCUUCUCACUGGACUGACCGAAGUGCCCGUUGCAACAAGAUUUCUCUUCUUGUUGUUGGGACCUUUCGGUAAAGGGGGCCAAUACCAUGAGAUUGGCAGGUCAAUAGCUACUUUAAUGACAGAUGAGAUCUUUCAUGAUGUAGCAUACAAAGCCAAAGACAGAAAUGACCUUCUGUCUGGCAUAGAUGAGUUCUUGGACCAGGUGACAGUGCUGCCUCCAGGAGAAUGGGACCCCACGAUACGAAUCGAGCCGCCAAAGAGCGUCCCAUCUCAGGAGAAGAGGAAGAUGCCUUCCAUGCCUAAUGGCUCUUCUCCACUAUCAGAGAUUAUCAAAAAAGAGGAAGACCACACUGGACCUGAACUCCAGAGGACAGGAAGGAUAUUUGGGGGUCUGGUGUUAGACGUUAAGCGGAAAGCUCCGUUUUACUGGAGCGACGUGCGAGACGCUUUCAGCCUGCAGUGCCUGGCCUCCAUCCUUUUCCUCUAUUGUGCCUGCAUGUCCCCCGUCAUCACCUUCGGAGGCCUUCUGGGGGAAGCCACCAAAAACAACAUAAGUGCCAUUGAGUCUCUGUUUGGAGCUUCACUGACCGGUGUGGCCUUCUCUCUGUUUUCUGGUCAGCCUCUCACUAUCCUGGGCAGCACUGGGCCAGUUCUAGUUUUUGAGAAGAUUCUUUUUAAGUUCUGUAGUGACUAUGGUCUGUCCUACCUCCCUCUGCGCACUAGCAUUGGCCUGUGGACGGCCUUCUUGUGCAUUGUGUUGGUUGCCACAGACGCCAGCUCUCUAGUGUGCUAUAUAACAAGAUUCACUGAGGAAGCCUUCGCUGCUCUCAUCUGCAUCAUUUUCAUCUAUGAGGCCUUGGAGAAACUCUUCCAGCUGGGGGAGAUGUUCCCUUUCAACAUGCACGACAAUUUGGACAACCUCACGUUUUACACAUGUCAGUGUUCACCUCCAUCCAAUAUCACAGAGAAGAUGGUACAGGCAUGGAAUCAGUCAGAUUUUAAUCCUGAGAUCAUUAACUGGAGUGAGCUUGAUGUGCCAAAUUGCAAGAAACUCCAUGGCGAGUUUGUGGGUCCUGCUUGCGGGCAUAAUGGCCCGUACAUCCCUGACGUAUUGUUCUGGUCUGUCAUUCUGUUCUUCACCACUUUCUUCCUGUCAUCCUUCCUCAAGCAGUUCAAGACCAAGCGCUAUUUCCCCACUAAGGUCCGCUCUUCAAUCAGUGACUUUGCAGUUUUUCUAACCAUCAUGAUUAUGGUCUUGGUUGAUUACUUGGUGGGCGUCCCCUCUCCUAAACUACACGUCCCAGAUACCUUUGAGCCCACCUCUAAGAGCCGGGGCUGGCUGAUCUCUCCUCUGGGCGAUAACCCCACAUGGACGUUGUUUGCAGCAGCCAUUCCUGCCCUCCUGUGCACCAUCCUCAUCUUCAUGGAUCAGCAGAUCACUGCUGUCAUCAUCAACCGUAAAGAACACAAGCUCAAGAAAGGCUGCGGGUAUCAUCUUGACCUUCUGGUGGUGGCCGUGAUGCUCGGUGUGUGUUCUGUGAUGGGCUUGCCCUGGUUUGUCGCUGCCACCGUCCUCUCCAUCUCUCAUGUCAACAGUUUGAAGGUGGAGUCGGAGUGCUCGGCCCCGGGAGAGCAGCCCAAAUUUUUGGGUAUUCGUGAGCAGAGGGUUACUGGGCUCAUGAUCUUUGUGCUUAUGGGUCUGUCUGUCUUCAUGACAUCUAUUCUAAAGUUUAUCCCAAUGCCCGUGUUGUAUGGAGUGUUCCUCUACAUGGGUGUUUCCUCACUCAAAGGCAUACAGUUCUUUGACCGUAUUAAGCUGUUUGGGAUGCCUGCAAAGCACCAGCCUGACUUGAUCUACCUGAGAUAUGUGCCGCUGUGGAAGGUUCACAUAUUCACAAUAGUUCAGCUCACCUGCCUAGUGCUGCUGUGGGUCAUCAAAGCGUCUGCUGCCGCAGUGGUCUUCCCUAUGAUGGUUCUUGCUCUGGUAUUUGUGAGGAAGCUUCUGGAUUUCUGCUUUUUGAAGAGGGAGCUUAGCUGGUUGGAUGACUUAAUGCCAGAAAGCAAGAAGAAAAAGGAAGACGACAAAAAGAAAAAGGCAAAAGAGAGACCUCUUGAUGUGUGUAACCAGGAAGCACAGCGCAUGAUGGAGGCUGAAAGUGGAAUGGAGGUCCCCUAUGAUAAUGGUGACCACCUGGAAAUCCCUGUGAAGAGCCUUAAAAUCAGAUCUGAAAGCGUAGUCUCCGACACCUCAUACGAGGAAGACACGAGCAGAGUGGUUGGUCUUUUGUCUACUUGCAGGCCUGCUUGAGUUCUGGUUACCACAUACUUUCUCUUUACAGCUAUUAAUCAUCACUUACGUUUAAUUAACGCAGAGUAUUUUACACAUCACGGUGUGAGUGCGUUGUUAAGAGUCUAAAUCUUCCUCUAACAGCUCUGCAUUGGUUAACAGCGGUGGGAAGCUACUGAUGCACCUCAUUCCACUCAUCGUUUCCCAAUGCAGAACAGCUUCAGAUGAUGAUUGCUGCUCAUGAUUUACAUUGUAUGUUUGGUAAUCGACAUUUCAUGUGUAAACCAAAGCUCAGUAAUAUCUAAACAAAUUAACCAGGGCCAUCACAUUGACAGACAGCUGUUUCAUUGACCAGUACACUUGUUAGGCUUCCAGAGCAUUUUACAUUUUACAUUUCAUGUCAGAGUGCUAACUCUCAUUACAUUAACAUCAGAUGCAUUAAUAUUACAGCAGUGGCUCAUUUAGUAUUUAAAUGACAGUUGAAGACAAGUUAUUUACAUUUUUUAAAUCGAGUAAUCCACAUUAUUAAUUUGUAUUGGUCAGUUGUGCAAUUAUGUGGUUCGGUAUUUUAUAUAAUUACACAACAUGAUUAAUCCUUAUUAACUGUAUCUAUCUCAAAUAUGUGCUCA